GAGCUUAUUUCAGCAUUUCUGCCCGAAGCCCCAGUGAAAAGAGUCUGGUGGAAGUCACCAAGGCGAUUCCGAGUGAUCGGUUGUUGAUAGAAACUGAUAGCCCUGAUCAAAUGCCUUUGGAAAUCAAUGACGCACAACUGGAUGCUGUUGGUGAAGGAAUCAACGAUAGUGGGCUGAUUGACGUUGUUUUGGAGAGAGUGGCGAGAGCUCUCGGAAGAGAUCGCGAUGAAGUUGCGAAGAUCACGA